AUUCUGGUGAGUAACGUUUCUUCUCUGCAGGCACAAUAUCACAAACAGGUUAGAGGUGAUCGUCUGGAGGCAGCAUAAUCUUUGCAAAAAGGUUGUAAACACAUUUGAUAGAUUGCGUAUGGCAGAGCAUAAGCAAUAAAAAAACAACAAACCAGUUACACCAAAAAACCAGUUGCUAAUCGCGUGCAAAUGCUUCUCUUAACAAAAAGACAUCCUGAUACCGAGUUCAAGGUCAUUCGAACGACUGUAAAUUUUGGGUAUUUAUGGCAUUGCUGUGGCUGGCAGACGGUUCAGUUCCGUUUCGGCCGCGAGCCGACAACUUCAAGUGUCAGUGUGUGAUAGUCCCGAGUGUGAUAGGAUGGGAAGCUUCAGGCGAAGGUAUUAUUGCAUAAUAAUCAUUCCCGAGACGGUUCAAUAACAUUGAUACGAGCGUUUUGUUGUGGUUUUUCUUGUUUUUUAGUGUUUUGCAAGCACUUCCACUGGUGCUGCUGCUGAUUGUAAUUGUGCGUGGCGAACCUUCCUUCAAAUGUGCUGAGAAUUAUUGCGAAUUUGUCGUAAAUGAGCAGCUUCUGGGCGGUGAUGUGCAGGCGUACAAGUUCAAUCUCUCCGCCGAGUAUGGUACGGUUGAGGUGCAGUUCGAAAAGUCGCUCGUGUCGAUUGUACCGCCAUCGCUGUUCGAGGACAAUGGGCAGAAAGUGGAUACGCUCGUAAUGCGUGAAGUUGACGUGCAGCGUGUUGAUGCGGACACGUUCACGAAGGCGGUCGCACUGAAAUCACUGCAGAUGCACAGAAAUCGCAUCCCGAAGCUGUUCAACCGCAUGUUCCGCAAUGCCACGAAUCUGCGGCGUAUCAACUUUGGCGGCAACCGUAUCGAUGCGGUAGAGGAGUACACGUUCGAGGGGUUGGCAAAUUUGAGCGUGAUUCGGCUGUCGCGCAACAAGAUUCCAGUGCUGCCAAGGAAGCUGUUUGCUGGAUUGAGCUCACUCACGAGCCUGCUACUCGAUCACAAUCGAAUUCUUGAGCUACCUGAAGGGAUAUUUGAGGAUCUCACGAUACUUGAUGAGCUGUACCUGAGCUUCAACUUCUUGGAGAGACUGACCAGGAAUAGCUUUAAGGGCUUAGUUGAGCUAGAUAAUCUGGCACUACACAACAAUCGUAUCAGCACGAUCGAACCGGACACGUUCGCCUCGCUGGCGACGCUACAGUAUUUAACUUUGGGAUCGAACCGUCUGACCAGCCUGGCACCGGAAACGUUCAUUGCGCAGACGAAGCUGGCCAAACUGGACCUGAGCGUGAACCAGCUGGCCGAGCUGCCGAAGGAUCUGUUCCGCUACACCACCGCGCUGAAAGAGCUGAAGAUGAGCAACAAUUCGCUGAAGGAGUUGCAUUCGGAUCUGUUCGCAAACACAGCCAAGCUGGAGGAUCUUGUCAUUUCUCACAACGAGGUGGAGUCGUUGGAUGCGGCACUGUUUAGAAAUCUGCGGAAGCUGGAGAUGCUAUUGCUGGAGAACAACAAUAUCGGUCAUAUCUUCCCUGGUACGUUUGAUGCGCUACAAUCGCUGAGGGCGUUAGAUUUGAACCAAAACGGUAUCAUGACGAUCGAGGGAGGCUUAUUCCGUGCGCUGAGGGUAUUGGAUAAGCUAUAUUUGCAGAAUAAUCUUAUCAGCAUGGUAAGCGGAGACAGUCUCGAAGGUGCCGUACAGCUUUCUGAGCUGUAUCUGAAUAAAAAUCCGCUCCAAUCAAUUGACGACGAUUUCCUGCGCAUACCCUCCCUGAUGGCACUCGCAAUGGAUUUCUGUGGCUUAAAAACGCUACCGAAAGGUUUGUUCGCUAAGCAGCAGUCGUUGAAACUGCUUUUCCUGGAAGGUAACAAACUGACCGACCUAGAUCCGGACCUGUUUGCACCGCUGGUGGAGCUGGAAGAGUUGGAUCUGAGCGCUAAUUUGCUGUACAACAUUUCGAAUGCGCUGGCGAACCUUACCAGCCUCAAAUUACUGGACCUGUCGGACAAUCGGUUGCGCUCGCUGCAGGAUAAUGCGUUCGCAAACAUGACUACGUUGAAAAAGCUUAAUUUGAAACAAAACAAGCUGACGGAAAUCCCUCGUGCCUUGGCAAAGCUUCCGAACCUGAGCACACUGACGCUGGAGACAAAUAAGAUCAAGUCUACCGUUGUCGGCGAGCCGCUGGCAAAUCUGGAGGAUCUGUACAUGGGGGAAAACGAAAUCACCAAACUUCGCUUGAACGACUUCCCGGCCGUGGAGGAACUGUACGUGGAGCGGAACCAAAUUCAUAGUCUAUCGGUGGACACGUUCGUCGGCAACAGAAAGCUGAAAACGGUGGAUCUGACGGAUAACCGUCUGACCGGUCCGCUGGAGGGCAUCUUCACUCCGCUGCGGAAGCUGGUCACGCUAACGCUGAGCGGCAACCCGUUGGGACGCGUGACUCGGGCCACCUUUGAAGGGUUGCUUAAGCUGGAGGAUCUCACGCUAAGGAACAUAAAGCUUACCGAGCUGACGGGCGCACCGUUUGCAUCGCUUUCGGAGCUGGAGAAGCUGGACCUAUCGGAGAACCGGUUGGCAGCGGUGGACGAGGCAUCGGUGCGCGGCAUUGGUAAGCUCAGGGAAUUCUAUAUCAAUGAUAAUGAGAUCGGCAUUGAUGGUUUGAGCGGACUGGACAUACUGAACCGCGUGCAAACUGUUUCUCUCUCCAAUCAAAGCAUUGUUGUGCCGGACACAUUGCUGGCCAACAAAUCAUGGAUGGUGGAAUUUUACGUGCAGGGCGGUACAUUUGCCUCCCUUCCGGCUCAGUUCUUCCGCUCUACUAUAGCGCUGGAAAAGCUCUCCCUGUCCGAUAACAAGCAGUUGGUGAAGCUGCCGAAAGACUUCUUCCAGUACGUGCCGUACCUAGAGGAGUUGGUGCUGCUGAAUAACAGUCUGUCUGUGCUGGAGCCGGGAGUGUUCGAUCCGCUCGGACUUUUGAGAGAGUUGGAUAUUUCGGAAAAUCCGCUUAAAUCACUGCCGGGCGGCUUGUUUGCUCAAACGUUCCUGCUGGAAAGUUUGAGGAUGGCGGAUGCCAACCUUACCACCCUUCCCGCCGGUAUCUUCGAUAAACUUUACGUCUUGGCCAAGUUGGAUCUGGCCAACAAUCAGCUACGAACGCUGCCGGAAGGUGUUUUUAACCGGCUCUACUCCCUGGAAACACUUUCACUCGAGAACAAUCAGCUGGAAGCUUUGCAGCCGGCCAUGUUCAAGAGUUUGGAGAAGCUUAAUAUUGUCAUCCUGUCUCACAACAAGCUUGCCGCGAUAGAUCCUCAGCUGUUUGCUGGAUUGCCCGUUACGGCGAUUGAUCUUUCGUACAACCGUUUGACCACGUUUGAUGAGAGUGCGAUGGCAUUCGCCGGCCGUUUGCUUAUGCUGUCGCUGGAAAGCAAUAAACUGACCUCGUUGAAGAUCCAUUCCACCCUGGAGAAGCUGUUCGUUGACGAUAACAAACUAUCCUCCAUUGAGGUGAAGCUCGAAGACUCGUACAGCCACAUCACGUCCCUUUCGGUGGUGCGUAACAAUUUCACAGCUCUUGAUGCUUUCUACCAGUUCAAGAUGCUAACCGAACUGGACGCGUCGUACAAUGCGUUCACGGAGCUGAAUUUGGCCAAACUUUUCAACGAAAUAGUACCGCUCUACACACUGAACGUGUCGAACAGCUUCGUGGAGCGCGUCCAGUUCGGGAAGAUUGAGCAUACGCCCACCCUGGUCCAUCUGGACAUCUCUAACAACAAUCUGACCGCGUUGGACGUGCGUGCAUUUGCCGUGUUCCGGCAGUUGCAGAACUUUGUUUUCGGUGGCAACAGGUUCGAUACGUUUGUGGUGGAAGAUUUGCUCCGUGCGUUCGACGAUCUGCAAACGAUCGGGCUGGAGGGUACGGUGUGGAAGUGUGAUUUCCUGAAAAGCUUGAAGGCGUCGAUGGAAGAAGCGGAUGUAACGUUUGCGUACAAGGAGAAGGAAACGUUACACGAAAUGUUGGAGAGUGUUUGUUCCAAGCAACUGUAUGGCAUCUGUUAUGACCCAAUGACCCACCAAAAGCGAGGAGCCGUGCGGAAUAAAAUCUGCCAUCGCGCGGCCGUGAUUCCUCAGUGUAGCCGAGUGUCUCCCAGCAGUUGGUUCAAUUGGUGUCUUGUGCUUAAGAUGGGGCUCUGGCCUAGUGUGUGGUCCUUGCUACUGCUGUUGGUGGCCCACCAGCAAGUAUGCAGGUCUGAAUCGCCAAUCUCUCUAACGUGCGAACCGCCUACAUGUCGAUACAGUGGCCUUCGUUUUGCCACUCCGUCCGAUACCGCCUCACUAUCGAUUACCUUCGAUUCGGACUACUACAGCCAUGUGACCUUCGAAAACUCAUCCCUUUCGGCCAUACCGCAAACAGUGUUCGCGAAAUCCAGUGGCGUGGAAACGUUCAACGCAUCGGGGUGCGAUAUUUACGAGUUGUUGCCCAAAACGUUCCGUCACGCAACUGACUUGAAGUAUCUGUAUCUCGACAACAACAGGCUGCGCAAGACAUACGGUAGUAUGUUUUUGGGAGCAAGAAGUUUGGAACUCCUUAGCCUGUCUAAAAACCAACUCGAAACGAUCGAUCCGCAGACGUUCAGGGGAAUUUCGUACGUGCAGGAAAUAGAUUUUAGUGGCAACCUGUUGCGCACGCUACCGGAUCUGUUUUUCGCGGAAAAGCCAAAGCUAAAAAAGUUGUCGUUAGCGGACAACUUCUUGCAGGAGCUCAAGAAGGAGACGUUCGGUGAAAUGACGGCACUGCAGGAGCUGGAUCUGAGUGGAAACAUGCUGCGAACGCUUGUGGCCGGCACGUUCGAUGGGCCGUGGCAACUGGAACAGCUCCUCCUGCAGAACAACCGGCUGGAAGUGAUAGAAGCAACGGCAUUUGAGAACCUGGUCAAGCUGAGGGGAUUGAACUUAAGCAACAACAAUUUGAAAGUCCUACCGGCAACGGUCUUUAACUCGAUGGGUGUUUUAAGGGAGUUGGAACUACAACAGAACUAUCUGUCGCACCUGGACAGUGCCACGUUCGAGGAGAAUCUCAGAUUGGUGAUGAUCAAUCUGGACAACAAUACGAUCGCAACGCUCCAGCCCGCGUUGAUACAGAAUCUGACCGAUCUGCAGCGUUUCUCUAUCGAGUAUAAUCAAUUGCAGGAGCUGGAUGUGCAGCUGUUCGCGCACAGUACCGAUCUGAAGCGGCUGUGGUUGAGUGGAAACUUCCUGCGGCACAUCAAUCCCGGUACGUUUGACACGUUGGAACAGUUGGAAGAUUUGUACCUUGCAGGUAACUUGCUUAGCACGUUCGAGGGAGGUUUGUUCCGUAAUUGUAGCGAACUGAAGGAGCUUGAUUUGGGUGGCAAUCGUAUCAAACGUUUGGUGGCCGGUUCGCUAGAAGGGGCUUCAAAGCUUCAAAAGCUAACGAUCGACAAGAACGAGGUGACGGAGAUUGAAGAACACUUCCUGAACGAUACACCGCUGCUAGAUACCUUUUCGGCAGAGGACAACUUUAUUCGGAACAUUCCAGUGGGUCUGUUUGGCAAGCUAACUAACCUAACGACGAAGGAGCUUGAUUUGGGUGGCAAUCGUAUCAAACGUUUGGUGGCCGGUUCGCUAGAAGGGGCUUCAAAGCUUCAAAAGCUAACGAUCGACAAGAACGAGGUGACGGAGAUUGAAGAACACUUCCUGAACGAUACACCGCUGCUAGAUACCUUUUCGGCAGAGGACAACUUUAUUCGGAACAUUCCAGUGGGUCUGUUUGGCAAGCUAACUAACCUAACGACGAUCAUUCUGUCGGAUAAUCAGAUCAAAGAACUAGCGCCUGGUACAUUUGAAGGGCUGGAAAGUGUUAUAAAUUUGCAUCUUAACCGAAACCAGCUUAAACACAUCGAUGCAAGCCUUUUAAAUCUAACCAAUCUGGAGUAUUUGGAUUUGUCGUACAAUUUCAUUCGAGAAUUGGAUGAAACUGCACUUGAGGGCGUCCCGAAUCUGGUGACCUUAGAUCUUGAGUCGAACCGCCUCGAUCGCAUUCCAUCGGCCAUCAACAAAACCAUCAAACUGGACUACCUUGGGUUGCAGCGGAAUAGGAUCAGCCGAUUAGAGUCGGGACAGUUCAAUCAGCUGUCCAGCCUGCUUACGUUGAACCUGGACGGCAACAAGAUAGCAACGAUGGAGCAGGGUUGUUUCCGUGGGUUGCAAUCUCUGACAAUGCUGGCAUUCGUGAAUGCCACACCGGAAUACGAAUCACUCGAUCUUUUCAAUGAUUUACAAAAUCUCACUCAACUUUUCAUGGAAGAAACGAACUAUACAGGGCUAAACAGUGUUCGGCUCGAUUCGUUGCAAAGCCUGGACAUCCUAUCGUUCGAUACCAACUCUCUGAUUGGUGUGGAUCCGGGAUUCCUAUCCGGCUUGAAAAACCUCACACGAAUCUCGCUGAAAAAGAGUUCUAUCAGAUUUAAAGCGAGCUACUUUGGAUCACUCCCAAACCUGGAAUACUUAGCCUUUACCAGCAACGAAAGCAUAGCCCUUGAUGAGACGUUCUUUGCGGGAGCGCCAAGCUUACAAACGGUUGAAAUUCAGGACACAGUGCUCGAAUCGAUUAGCGUAAAUGCGUUCCGACGGUUAGCCAAUCUGACCGAACUGUAUAUUGGCCCAUUCAAGGGCGAGCUGAAGGACAUCUUCACCGGAAACGAAGCACUGAAAACAUUGAGGAUGAAGCAGAUGAGCUUUACCACCCUGCCGGAUCACUUCUUCUGGGCAAACCGUAGGCUGGACACGCUGACGAUCGAUGGCAACCCCAACCUUUGCGAGCUGAAACCGGCUUGGUUUAAGCAUAUGGCGUAUCUCGACUAUCUGGACGUAUCGUCCAACAACAUUUCGGAGCUUUCGGCGGACUUGUUCGAUAACACUCCCGUGCUGCAUCAACUGUACCUGGCGGAAAAUCCACUCCGUGUGCUUGAUGUCGGCGUGUUCCGAAAGGUGGGCGCUCUGACAGUGCUCGAUCUCGAGGACACGCUGCUGACCGACCUACCGGUAGGAAUAUUUGAUGGGCUGUUCAAGCUAGAGGAGCUGUUCCUGGGCAACAAUAAGCUGUCGAACCUGCCGAACGGUACCUUCCGGGAGCUGUACUCGUUGCGGAUGCUCUGGUUGUCCAACAACUCGAUCGAACAUGUCGAUCCAUUCCUGUUUGCGGAUAUGCCCAGGCUGAAGGAGAUCUCGCUAGACGACAACCGGUUGACCAGUCUUGAUGAUCGACUGUUUGCUGCUCAGCUGGCAUUGCAAAAUUUACACCUUUCUGGCAAUCGGUUCGUUGCAUUCGAUCUCACCACAAUGCCCUAUGCCAGUACGCUGAUUUACCUUGCGCUCGAUACUAACCAGCUACGAUCGGUGAAGAUUACACCUGGUUUGGAGUUUCUUACCGCCGAUGACAACCAACUGUCCGUCGUGGAGUCAUCCGACUCGGACUACUACCGGCUGGCGACACUCUCGGUGCAAAACAAUAGCUUCAGCUCGCUGGAUUCGAUCUACCGGUUUGAUCGAUUGCAGGAGCUUAACGUCACGUUGAACCGCAUUGCUGUGCUGGAUUUCGCCAUGAUCGCUACCAAGUUCCCGCGGUUGACCGUUUUGAAUGCGUCGGUGUGUGCUGUCGAGUCAUUGGGACGUACGGAUAAUCCGUACGAGCUGAAGGAGCUGCAGCAUUUGGACUUGUCGAACAAUACGCUGACGAAGGCGGAAAUGAGCAAGAUGGGCAAGAUGCCGAGAUUGAAGACCUUAUUCAGUGCUGAUAAUCGUAUCCAUGGCGUGUUGCGACUGUUGGAUCGAUUGUCAAAGUUUUAGGGUCGACUUCUAAAGGUCAAUGGUGAGUUUGGAAGACUGUGAAAAGCAAUGUUAAUUUGAUAUGACAAACAUAAAUGAAU